ACCUCGUGGUAAACAAUAGAUCCAUGAGAUCCAUUUUGACACUUUAUUAAUUUUGACAGAUAUUUGUAUUUUCAUUUUACUGUUUGUUUACUGCAUGGGAAAGUAUGUUAAACAUCGAAAAACAGAUAUCUGGACGAGAUAAUUAAAUAAUUGAAAUAUGGAUGUGGAUUUGCUGCGGCCAGGCACGGUGCCAAUAUCGCCGGACACCGUCUUGUGGUUCGAGUUUUUGUUGGACAAAAACUUGUUGCUGAGGCAUUUGAAUAAACCUAAUCCAGAUCCAACUCCAAUAGAGUUGAUAACCAAAUUUACAACUGCCAUUUACGAGUCCAUGAAAUAUGAAGUGAAGAAACCUGAAGCAGAAUCAAAUGAUUUAGGAAACAGCUUAGAGAUCAGUGAUUCUCAGCCUAAAUUAUCAUUAAGGGUGAUUGCUUUAAAAAUAUUAACACUUAAAGUUGCUUCAUAUUUAAAGUGGAAUCCAGUUACCUUAAGAGCAUUGCAGUUCAAAUGUCAACAUAGUGUCUUGCAAGAUUUACUUUACUACACAAAUAAUGAAAUUACGGUGGAAAUCCCAAAUGUUGUUACCAAUGAUACAACACCCCAGUAUUCAUUUGCACUUGUUGUCUACCAUAGAUGGUUCAUUGGUACAUGCAUGCACAGAAUAUUGAAUAAUUCUCAAAACAGAAAUAAUAGUGAUAUAACAGCAAUGGAAGAGAACAUGAUGUGCACGCCUGAAAACAUCGAAAAAAGUUUAAAUUUCUUGAUAAGCGCUUUGCAAUGGGAACAUGUACCUCCUAUGCUUGGUUACAAUUGUUUCGUAUUGUUAACGGAGGGUUCCAGGGAGACGCAAUUCGAAUGGAACGAAGCUGUACCUAUUUCCAAAGAGGAAUUUAAGUCGCAGAUCCACUAUGAUUUAGGCGCAUUCUACUUCUAUAAGGAAAAUUACGAAACGGCUUUCAAAAAUUUCAAACAAUCGGUUAACUAUUUCAAGGAAAUUAAAGACAACAAAGGCUUCUGUAGCGUUGAUUACGACUGCCUGGAGAGUUAUUUAUUUGCAUGUAAUUACUCUGAGAAUAGCGGAAAUAUAUCCUUGUUACAGCAGAUGAGCAAUUCCAUAGUCAAUCAAUACACAGGAAUUUUAAAUAUAUUAAUUCAGGACAAUAAAUUAAGAGAAAUUCCAUUAGUGCAUAGGGUUACCUUAGAGUUGGAUAUACAAGGAGCCCUUUCCAGUGGGAAAUUCACUGUAGCCAGAGACUUAUUACCAAAAAUUCAAGCACUGAAUGCAGUUAGAUGUAUCUUAAGUAGAAAUGCGACUCACCAAUACAACUAUAAAACUUCAAAGGCUUUAGAAUUUUUCAUUUGGGCAACAGCAGCUGUUUGGAGUUCAACGAGUGAACUAGACAAAAGGUUACUUGCAACGCACUACAUGCAAUUGAUCAUAAAUUUGGAAUCAGAAUCAUUACUGGAUACAUUAUUGAAUCACGAUAUAUUAAAUAAUAUUUUCGAUGACGUUGAUGUGGACCAAUUGAGACAAACUGUUUCGAAAAUCGUUGAAAUUCCUUCACUGUUACAGAAUUUAAAUUGGAAUCUACCGGAUGUAAAAAGGAAUCCAAAACUAGAUCUCAGGUUAAUAGAGCAACAAUUGAUAUCAUCAUACGAUUCAAAAGAGAUUCGUGAUCUGUUAGUAAAGGUGAAUUGCAAGAAUUCAAACAGAUUAGCUUGGAAAAUCAACCCCAAAUGGGAAUUACCCAUACCGCUUCAUAGCGUUGUCACAUCAAUUUCAAGAGGAUUUAUACAAGAUUUCAGUUAUGUAAUGCUUGCUAAAUCCAAGGAGCUAAUGCUUGCUAAGGAUUGGGGAACGUCUAUAGAAUUUCUAAGACUGCUCGAGAAGGAAAUUCAGAAUAAUCAAAGUCUAAUCAAAUUAGCUCAUCUGAUAAACUGGGAAAUACUUUUGGUACAAAUAACUCAGUUAUUGGAAGAUUGGCCGGCGCCUCAUAUCGAUCGACAAGCUUUAUGGCAGGCAUGUGAAAACUGUUUGAAAACCGAAUCGGUCUUUCCACGUACUGAAAUCAUCGAGCAAUGUGUUUUGUGUUUAUUGAAUAUUGGACGUUGGGAAUUUUUAAUUUCUUUCGAAAAGCCCUGGAGUUACGUAGACAUCGCCGCAUCUAUUGUCAUAUGCUGUCAAGAUCUUUUGAAACAUAAACGGCAGAAAAAAGUUAAUAAAGAUCUAUGGGAUUUAAUUGUGCCAAUAUUCAGUGUGUCAUCAUCGUCUUCUAAAAGAAGUAGCACAGGGAAUACGAACAUUAUACAUAGAGAUUCACCUAUUAAUAACAGAAAGAUUCAAUUUAUAUCCUUCUUCUGUAAGCUUCGAGAUGCCACUGUUCUUAGCGUAAUAAUCGCUAUUUUAUCAAAGUUGUACAACAUAUUAAGAGACGAUAGUAAUUUGGAAGUAUCCAUUGAUACUUUAUUGAUAUUACCAUCAUCAUUAAGCAAUAUAAAUUCAUAUAAUUUAAGUUCAGUGGCAGAUACUCUUUAUGAGAUAGUACUUCAGGCUUUGACGUACUUUCCAAGUAGUUUACAAUGGCUGCGAGUAAUGGGAGAUAUUAAUUUUUCAAAUUCAAAUUACGAGAAUGCGCUGAAGUAUUAUUUGCAAACUCUUGUCGUAUCUUCGGAUUAUUUUAAUAUGCCAGUGAGGAAUGAUGAACAUGUGUUUAGGAGGAUGAUAAAGUGUUGCACGCAGUUGGGAUGCCAUACGCAGGCAGCUGUCCUGUGUCAGUUUUCCGACGACCCUGAUUACACGUUUGCAUUCAGAAGUUUAGUGGAUUUCAAAUUUUGUAAUGAUUCGGUUGAAGCUUAUUACCACUGUUUCUGGGAUAUAAAUAUACUGGAAUAUCUAGUGCAUUUCCACCAUAAACGUGGAGAAUUUCAGCGGAGGAAGAAAGCGAUGCACACACUCGGACAACUUGAGCUGAAUUCCAGCAACAACGAAGAGAUUCAAAGGGAAGCAAUUAAUUUGAGGAAGAGAACUUUCUUACAGGCCAUGUGUAAACAGUACGUAUUUUAACUUUCUUGUAAAGAUGACAUACAACAAUGUUUUAUAAAAAAUGUACUAAACUAGAUUAAGAAUUACAGUUUAAAUUUAU